UUUUGAGCCCUGUAUGUUUUUUAUGGGAAACUUUUCAACCUCUCGUUUUUCAAAGUGCUGAAAGUUGGAGAAGGAAACCCCUUUUGUAGUGAUCCUCCUCCUCCCAUCUCUCCCUCCACAAUAAGAGCCACAUUGUAGAGAUGGAGGACCAGGCCCGCAUGAUGUUGGGUCAUAUUGGACUAACUGGACUGUCUCAUGAGGAUGUGGGUGAUCCUGACAACAUAAGGAAACAUCACAACCUCGGUCAGCCGCAGCAGCAGGACAUUGGUGACAUCCUCCAGCAGAUCAUGGUCAUCACAGAUGAGAGUCUGGAUGAGGCCCAGGCCAGGAAGCACGCUUUGAACUGCCACAGAAUGAAGCCCGCCCUCUUCAGUGUCCUGUGUGAGAUCAAAGAAAGGACAGCCCUGAGCAUCCGAGGCGUCCAAGAAGAAGACAGCCCGGACCCUCAAUUCCUGCGACUGGACAACAUGCUGUUAGCGGAGGGGGUUGCGGGUCCAGAGAGGAGCGGGGCCUCUGCAGCGGCGGCAGUGGUUGCCGCGGCUGCCGGAGGGUCACCUAGUGAGGGGAAUGUGGAACACAGCGAGUACAAAGAGAAGCUCGCUCAGAUACGACGGAUGUACCACGCUGAGCUGGAGAAAUACCAACAGGCAUGCAAUGAAUUCACCGACCACGUGAUGAACCUGCUGAGGGAACAGUCCCGUACACGGCCCAUCUCGCCCAAAGAGAUUGAGCGAAUGGUGGGAAUCAUCCACCGCAAGUUCAGCACUAUCCAGAUGCAACUAAAGCAGAGCACAUGUGAAGCUGUCAUGAUCCUACGCUCCAGGUUCCUGGAUGCCAGGCGGAAACGAAGAAACUUCAGCAAGCAGGCGGCCGAAAUUUUGAAUACAUAUUUUUACUCCCAUCUGGCAAACCCAUACCCCAGUGAGGAGGCCAAGGAGGACCUGGCCAGGAAGUGUUCUAUCACCGUUUCUCAGGUGGCCAACUGGUUUGGAAACAAGAGGAUUCGGUAUAAGAGGAACGUUGCAAAGUUGCAGGAAGAAGCUAACCGGUACGCUGUGAAGACAGCUGUGGACGCUGCCAGUGUAUCUUCACAGGCAAGCCAAGCCAACUCCCCAGCCACACCAAACUCAGGAGGAUACCCAGCUCCGUGUUACACUCCUGAUGGGAGGUUAUGAGGACCUGCCUGCAGGAACUGCCUUCCCUCCUCUCUGUGUCCAUGGUGAUGACGGCUGGCAGGACAGCAGCGAUUCCUCGUCCCAUCUCUCCCCCCCCCCCACCCAGAGCAACAGGAAGCAAGCACUACAUAACCUCCAUGAUGAUGCUCCACCUUCCAAUCCUGCUCCUCCGACUAAUACAACCCAGACUGUAGACCUCCAGCCAAACAGAGCAUUACCAAAACUCUGCAACUUUCUUUUGUUUUGCUUUGUGAUGCUGAUCCUUUCUAACAUCUCUCCCACACGUUCUUUUUAACCCCUUCAUUUUACGAAUGUGUUGACAACUCUUUCUUUCUUUUUUUUUCUUUUUACUAUUACUCACACCAUUUUUCUUUAUUUUUGUUUUUUAAAAGAUAAAUAAAUGACAGAAAGAACCUUUUUUUAAUGUACUGCUUCACCUACAGUGAAUCAUGUAUCACUGUAUAAAGGUUUAGGGCCUGUAUGUGGCCUUGAAUCUGAUUCAUCAUUUUAUUUCAAAGAAUUAAAAAAAGAAGAAAAAAAAAUGACAAAAAUAAAGCAUGUAGUCAUUUUUAGAUGUUAAACUACAAUUUUAUUAUGUAUUUUUUCUUUUAACUUUAAAUAAUGACCAAAAAUGAAUAAAAAAACAUUGUCACUUAUUAAAUUUUUCUUUGCUUCAGACAA